AUGGCCCCCACGCGCCCCCUCUCCGUCUAUGACGACGAGCCCUUCCCCGGGGCCGCCGCCGGCUGCUGUGUCCCCCUUCCCCGGCGGUCCUUCUCCCUCGGCUACCGCCCCCUCGCCUCAGACGGCGGCGACCUCGGGUCACCGGCGGCGGCGGUGACCAUUGUGGCGGGGAAGGAGAGGAGGGAGUUCCUGGUGGAGCCGCAGGUCCUGGAGAGCGACGCCUUCAAGGUCCUCCUGGGCUUGGCGGGGUCAAGGAGGACCGGGGACAAGGAGGUUGGCCGCCGGAGCAGGAAUAAGCGAGGUGGAAGAGGCGGGCCCGUCUUCGUUGGGGUCGACUCCAUCUUCUUCGAGCAUAUGCUCUGGCUCGCAGAGAACGGCGCCGCCGCCUCGCUGCCCCGGCGAGAUCUGGAGGACAUCAUCGACUUCUACUCCCACGAGCUCUGA